AGCCUUCCAUGUACCUUUGUAUCCUUAACUUCCUGGAUUGGAGUCUUGAAAAAUGGAAAUGGACUGCCUUGAAGUCGAUCCCGAUUUAUGGCGACCCUAUGAAUAGGGUUUUCAUGUUUGACAAGCUACAGUAUGUUCUAAGUGGACUAGACCUGACAUGAGAACACAACAGGAUAAAAAAUAGUCUAUACAACUGAGUUUUGAAAAGUCCUUUUGCGGACUUCCCAGGAGGAUCGUUCCGCCUGUGCUGCCUCUGGGACGAACUCCCGUCUCAGAGGAAGCUUUUUCAGUUUUAAUUCCAGUCAGAAGUUUUUUUUACUGGAAAAAAUUUUCUCCCAGGCAAGGGAGAAACGCAGAGAUUAUCCACAGAAAGCUUCGUUUUGUUUGUUGGACUGGAAUUCAUUGGGAUCGCCGAUGAAGGAAGGCAGCCAGCAGCGUUGGACGGAGCCAGGGAUUACAAACAAGCUCUAACUGAUUAAGCGAGACUUUUUUUUUCUUCAAAGAAAAACGGAAAUAAACAGGCAAGCAUCCUCCUGUCUAUUCUUAUCAUUUUGUUAUCGUUACAGCAAAAGAGAUUUGUUUAAGAAUUAGCAACAAAGAAACCCUGGGUGAGUUAUAACUUUCUCAUUUAUACACGGAAUUAAGGAGGAAGAAAAUCGAAAUAGCCUAUCUUUGUUUUUAUUGCAAAAAGCUGACAUGGAAUUGAGCAUUAUAAAGAUAUAAACGGAUGAGAGGUAUCUAAUUUGAAGAGAAAAAUUUGAUUUAUAUGACAUUUGAUAUUAUAUGUCUGGGACUAUUUUUUCUGGUCUACUUUUUGUUUUUUGACGAAUCUGCUUAUUCUUUAUGCCACUAAUUAUUUGGACGCUGUGAACCAAAUUUGUUUUGCACUUUUGGACACAUAAGAGAUAAGGCCGUUCGUGCUGUCUAGAGGGUGAUGUCAUCAGGCUCGGAAGAUUAACCCAUUUGUGACUGGAAUAAGAAAUAAACUGUUCUUUGCUUGAGAAUAGUGACUAUAUUGGAAAUUGAAGGGGUUUUGUUCUUUUGGUUUUAAGAAUGACAAUCAAGAAGGUGGCUGAGACCCUGAAAGUACAGGAAGGGGUUCUCUCUCUAAAUAUGUUUCAGAAAAUAAUGAAUGAGAUUAAGCUAACGAAACAAGAGCUGGGACAGAACAGACAAGAGAUGAAAAUUGAAUUUGGCAAAAUGAGACAGGAGCUGAAAGAAAUUCAGGAUUCUAUGAGAAAGGAGGUAGAUGAGACCAGAGAUAUAAUUGGACAAGAAAAAGAAGAUGAAAGAAAAAUCAAAGGGAAGGUUCAAGCCCUGGAGAUUGGAAUAGAUUUAUCAAAUAUGGACCUGGAAAAAGAUUUGGAUUUUAUGGCUGUGAUGGAUCCUAAAGACAAAUAUUACUGUUUGGAAUUUAGUGCUGUCCCUGAAGGCAUUGGUGAAGAGAUUAGAGAUAAAGAUAUCAACGGCUCAAAAAAAUUUCUGGAUUGGAAGGAUUUGAUGGAACUUGAAAUAGAGAAAGUUUACAGAAUUAAUUCCAGAUAUGUGACAAUGGAAAAACUCUCAAGAGAUGUGCUAAAACUCUCAAGAGAUGUGCUAGUGCAUUCUGUAAAAAAGAGGAACAGAGAUACAACUUUACAACAACAUUUCAGUAAUACAUUCAGAAUUGAUGGCAAGGAAAUAUUUGUGAUUAAGGAAAUUCCUAUCAGACUCUUAUUAUAUGACUAUGACAGCAAGAUCAUUGGGUGUGUAAAGAUGGAAGAUGGAAGAUGGAAUCAACACUGAUAAUGGGAGAAUGGGAGAAGAGCUAUUGAAAUUACUGGACUUAGUAGACUUGAAGAGAUGGAUCAAUAGACAUGUCUAUUUGGAGAAAAAUUGAUGGAUAUAUAUCUCAAGGAUUGGAAACUUCUCUUUGACUUUUUGUGGAAAUAAUAAAAUGAUAUGAUGUUAAUGAGAUUUGAUACUAAUUAAGAUAACCACUGGAGGAAGGUGAU